AUGUUCAAAUUCCUGAUCUUCUUCGCUCUUCUGGCUUUCGCCGCCGCGAAGCCAUUAGUAUUCAGCUACAGCGCUCCAGUGGCUGCAGCAUAUACCGCGCCAGUGGCAGCUGCUUACACUGCCCCCGUAGCAUACUCAGCAUACAGCGCAUACUCUCCGGUCGCAUACUCUGCCUACACCUACGCCGCACCAUACUCAUACUACAUUUAA